CUGAUCCAGCUGAGGCUGCCGAUCAAAUGCAUGCUGAAGAGAGAGACAGCUUUUGGAUGAAGAAUCGACCUGCAGGAGGACACAAGAGGAAAUGAAGAUGAAGAUAAGAUUGUACCAAGGGGUUAGUGGCAUCAUCAUCAUCACCAUGGUUACAAGCUUUAUGUUGGUGUACAACAGUGGCUCCGGUGACAGAUCAUCUUCGUCAUCAGCAUCAUAUUCCCGCCAGUUAGAUGUUCCAGGUUCGGCCACAAAAAAGCCGAAGAGACUCACGACAUCAACGCUCGAGGGGUACACAGGUAUCUUGGAUCAUAAGUCUUUGAAGAUGCGCUGCAGUACUUGUGCUCUGGUGACCAGCUCGGGUCAGCUGACUGGGAGCAAACGGGGUGAAGAAAUCGAUCGCUCUGAAUGUGUCAUCCGCAUGAACGAUGCUCCAAGCCAAGGCUAUCGGCAGGACGUCGGCCAGCGCACCAGCUUGCGUGUCGUAGCCCACUCCAGCCUGCAGAGGGUGCUGCGGAGCAGACAGGAGCUGCUCAAUGCCAGCCAAGACACAGUGUUCAUCUUCUGGGGACCAAGCAGCUGCAUGAGACGGGAUGGAAAAGGCCACAUUUACAACAACCUGAGGCAGAUAACCCAGCGACUGCCCAAACUGAGAAUCUACAUUAUUUCUCGCAGCAAGAUGCUAAAAUUUGAUGAACUAUUUAAAAACGAAACAGGGAUUGACAGAAAGAUUUCCAACUCCUGGCUGAGUACUGGCUGGUUCACCAUGACCAUAGCCCUGGAGCUGUGUGACAGGGUCAACGUGUAUGGCAUGGUGCCCCCUGAUUUCUGCAGGUCCUCCUCCCAUCCCUCCGUGCCAUAUCAUUACUACGAGCCCCUGGGGCCCGACGAGUGCUCCAUGUACCUUUCCCAUGAGAGGAAUCGGCAAGGAAGCCACCACCGCUUCAUCACGGAGAAGACGGUGUUUGCAAACUGGGCCCGGGCCCUCAACAUCCACUUCUACCAACCGCACUGGAGGCCUGCCGCCAUCAUCGCCAGCAUGAACAGCUCGUACGCUCCGGCUCCCACUGGAUCACGAUUCUCUCUCUGGAGAUGAUCCUAAGAAAUGUGGGAUAUGAGUGUGGACAGCUUCCAGUGUGCAGAACCCCCAGUCUGGUCAAUGCACGUGGCAGCAACAGGACCGAGCGAGCAGCUGCGGAUGUUGGACGGCUGCCUGCAAGCAGCUUGGCAGAAUGGGAUCAUUGCAUUAGCAGCACAAAGGCUAAACAAUGUUAUAGAAGUGUAACUACUAUAGGAUGGAUUUCAUGGAGGCUGGCACAAGUGUGUGUUUUUACUCUGUGUAGAGCUGCUUUAAUAACGCUCGAGCCGUCAUAGAGCGGACACAUGAUGAGACGACACACCACUGCAACAACUGGAGUACAACUAUGAUGUUAUUCAAUAUAAUGAAAUUGUUGUUGGGUUUUAAUUUAAAUGAAUUUAUAUUUUGUUUUUCAAAGCUAAUUUUGAUAUUUUUAGAGUUACUACCUUUAAUUUUUUUAAUGUUUCAUUUAUACUUUUGUACAUUUUCAAAAAGACAAUAUGAAUAAGAAGACAACAGCACCGAAUAUACAUACAUAUGUAUAUUAUACACUCUUUUCAUACAUAGAUAGAUAUAUCUAUAGAUAGAUACAAUGAUACUACAAGUCUGUCUUUUGCAGUAAGCC